AUGUUAAUAGGAAAUGAUUAAAACUUUUAGUGCAAUUAAUUACUUUAGAAGGAUUCUAUUUUCAAUGAUGGAAUUGCUCUAUGGAUACACUAAGAUUAUGAUUCUUCAUAACCAAUAGAUUAACAAAAGUUUAAAAUUGAGUCAGAUUCCAAAAAUAAAAUAAAAUAAUUAACCCUUUAUGAAAAAUAUAUAAGAUAUAGUUAACAUGUAAAAAGUAUAUAGAUGAAUUAGAAAAUUAUUCUUUUCGAAAAUAGUUUCUUGGACUUAAUUCAUAAUUCAUAAAAUAAAUUAGUUGGCUUUAAAUUAGUAAAAUAUGAUGGAAGUUUAACAAUUAUAGGGGAAUGCAAGUUAUGGAUUAAAAAAUUGAAAAAAUAUGUGAUAUAAAGUGAUUUUUCAAGAAAUUACAAAAUAUCAAAAAAAAUAGGGAAUGGAACAUUUGCUGAUGUAAUUUUUCAUGUAAUUUAAGGUAUACUUAGUUAAGCAUAAGCAAAACAAUAAAGAAUAUGCUGCAAAAAUAUUUUAUAAAAAAAAAAUCAUUUUGGAGGAUUAAUAAAUUCUAAUGUUAAAUAAAGAAGUCUAAAUUACAAGACUCUUUUCUAAUCCUAAUAUUUGUUAAUUAUAUGAGGUUUUUGAGUGUAAAGUUCACCUUACUUUAAUAAUGGAUUUAUUAGCCGGAUCUGAAUUAGUUUAUUCUUUAAAAUUGGGAGGAUUAUCUGAAAUUUAAUCUAUUUUAAUAAUAAAACCACUUUUUCAAGCUCUUUCACUCUUACAUAAACAAGGAAUAUUUCACAGAGAUAUUAAACCUUAGAAUAUAAUGCUACAUUAAUCUGGUAAAUUAGAAACAGCCUGUAUAAUUGAUUUUGGCUUAGCUGAUUUUUGGAAUGAUAAAAAUGAAUAUUUAUUCUCUUAAUGUGGAACUCCUGGAUAUGUUGCCCCAGAAAUCUUACUUGGACAUUCUUAUGAUUUCAAAGUUGAUGUCUAUAGUCUAGGUUUAGUGUUGUAUUUGAUUUUAACAGGCAAAGAGCCCUUCCAAUCAAAAACUAUGGAUGGUCUAAUUGAAGAAAAUACAUAUGGGCAUAUUGCUUUAUCACAUUUAAAUUUAUCACCUAAUUGUCUUGACUUUUUAUCAAAAGUUUUGGCUAAAUCCCCAAAUUAAAGAUUAACUUCGUAAGAAGCAUUAUUUCAUCCUUUUUUGCUUUUAGGCCCAGGAAAUCAUUUAGAUUUGAUUCAUAAUAAAAUAUAAUCACAUGAAUAAUUUAGUUCAAAAAGUUUAUAAUUUCGUAAAAGUGUAGCUUCGGUAAGAUUAUAAACUGAUAUUUCGAAUAAUUAAUUUUAUUAAAGAGAUAUUUUUAAAAAGAAUGAAUUAGAGAGAAAAAAAAUCUAAAAAUAGUUUUCCAUUCGAAAAGUGAAACUGUGA